CGUCCCUGCGCGGUGUCUUGUGGGAAAGAGGUAGAGUUCGGUGGAGCCGUUGUUUGUCACAUCAGCCGGAGCUGUUUACAUCUCAGGAGAAGCCGCGAUGCCGGAGCGAGACAGUGAGCCAUUCUCCAACCCUUUAGCCCCAGAUGGCCAUGAUGUGGAUGAUUCUCAUUCUUUCCACCAGUCUAAAUUGACCAAUGAAGACUUUCGUAAGCUUCUUAUGACUCCACGGGCAGCACCAACAUCUGCACCACCUUCAAAAUCUCGCCAUCAUGAGAUGCCAAGAGAGUACAAUGAAGAUGAAGAUCCAGCUGCUCGCAGGAGAAAGAAAAAAAGCUAUUAUGCAAAACUACGUCAACAAGAGAUUGAGCGAGAGAGGGAGUUGGCAGAGAAAUACAGAGACCGUGCCAAGGAAAGACGAGAUGGUGUCAACAAAGAUUAUGAAGAAACAGAACUAAUCAGUACAACUGCCAAUUACAGGGCAGUAGGACCCACUGCAGAGGCGGAUAAAUCAGCAGCAGAAAAGAGACGGCAAUUGAUUCAGGAGUCCAAAUUCUUGGGUGGUGACAUGGAACACACUCACUUGGUGAAGGGUCUUGAUUUUGCUUUGCUGCAAAAGGUACGGGCAGAGAUUGCCAGCAAAGAAAAGGAAGAAGAAGAACUAAUGGAAAAGCCCCAAAAGGAAACUAAGAAGGAUGAAGAUCCUGAAAAUAAAAUUGAAUUCAAGACUCGCUUGGGCCGUAACAUCUAUCGGAUACUAUUCAGGAACAAGGCAUAUGAGCGAAAUGAGCUCUUCCUGCCAGGGAGAAUGGCUUAUGUGGUGGAUCUUGAUGAUGAGUAUGCCGACACAGAUAUUCCCACAACUUUGAUUAGAAGUAAGGCUGAUUGCCCGACCAUGGAGGCCCAGACUACAUUGACUACAAAUGAUAUUGUAAUCAGUAAACUGACUCAGAUUCUUUCCUACUUGAGGCAAGGCACCCGUAAUAAAAAGCUCAAGAAAAAGGAUAAAGGGAAACUGGAUGAGAAGAAACCCCCAGAGGCAGACAUGAAUAUUUUUGAAGAUAUUGGAGAUUAUGUACCAUCUGCGGCAAAAGUGCCACGAGAAAAGGAACGAGAGAGAUACAGGGAACGGGACCGAGAACGGGAGAGAGAGAGAGACAGGGAACAUGAGCGAGAUCGUGAACGAGAGAGAGAGAGGGAACGUGAAGAGGAGAAGAAGAGGCACAGCUACUUUGAGAAACCCAAAGCUGAUGAUGAGCCUAAUGAUAUAGACAAAGGACCUGGCUCAGCCAAAGAGUUGAUUAAAUCAAUCAAUGAAAAGUUUGCUGGUACUGCUGGCUGGGAAGGGACAGAAUCAUUAAAAAAACCUGAAGACAAAAAGCAAGUGGGUGAUUUCUUCGGAAUGUUAAACAGCUAUGCUGAAUGCUACCCUGCAACCAUGGAUGCCAUGGCUGUGGAUAGUGAUGAAGAAGUAGACUAUAGUAAAAUGGAUCAGGGAAACAAAAAAGGACCUCUAGGUCGCUGGGACUUCGACACACAAGAAGAAUAUAGCGAGUACAUGAAUAAUAAAGAAGCUCUACCCAAAGCAGCAUUCCAGUACGGGAUCAAGAUGUCUGAAGGCCGUAAGACACGCCGUUUCAAGGAGACCAAUGACAAGGCUGAACUAGAUCGGCAGUGGAAGAAGAUUAGUGCAAUCAUUGAAAAAAGAAAGAAGAUGGAGGCUGAUGGGGUUGAGGUGAAGAGACCAAAAUACUGAAGCUGCCAGGAGGUCUUGAUCCCUUCAGUUGUAUUCUGAAAGCUCAGCUCUAGUGGUGAUUUGAUUUUGAUGGAAUAGUCCCUGGAACAAACUCAGCUUGCUUCCUGCUUACAUAUGAGUAUGAAGGGCAGCUCCUGAUUGUGCUGAAAAUUUUUAGAAGCUUUUUUCCUUGCCUGCAGCACAGCAUGUUCCCUAGGAGCUGACACUGUGGAUUUGUAAUGCAAUAAAAAUUGCUAUAAUGUUUAUGUUACA